UCCUCGCUCAAGCAACGUGACCUGCCCACACUUUUCCCAAGUCCGCGACAUCCAUCUCAACACGACGUCUCUGUCUAUGCGUUGAGAUUUUUCGAUUUGUCUUUUUCAGGGUACUUUAGCAGCUGAAGUUUGACCAUCAGGAAGGCAAAGAGAAAACUUCUGGGGAAGGUGGGUGAAUUUUCAGGCUUUCCAGUCACGUGCGUGAGGACCUCAGUCCAACUCUGGGAAAGUUGCGAUCGCGCCAGUGCUAUACACGACAAUUAAACUGAAUGAAAGAAAUAGCCUCAAAAUUUGCAUGACAUUAUUGUUUUUACUUCUGCUAACCACAAAAAGUCCAAUUUUAUUUUUUUGCGCCGUUUGUUGUGUAUAAACAGCAUUACGCCAAAACCAUGCCAACGAAAAGUAUGUGAAAGGGAAAGGCAUGUGAGAAAGUUGAUAAACUUAAAAAAAUAUAUAAUUAAAAAAUAUAUAUAUUGCACAUUUUUCUUUGGUAUUUUUUGAUAACAUCCUGCAUUCAUCUUGCCAUCAAUUUUGACCAAGUUCCCCGUGCCUUGGUAGCUCACACAUCCCCAAAACAUCAGCAAUGUACCUCUAUGUUUCACAGUAGGAAUGGUGCACCUUUCAUCAUCGGCCUUGUUGACUCCUCUCCAAAUGUAACGUUUAUGGUUGUGGCCAAAACGUUCAAUUUUGCUCUCAUCACUCCAAAUGACUUCGUUCCAGAAGUUUUGAGGCUUGUCUCUGUGCUGUUUGGCAUAUUGUAAGCAUGAUUUUUUUUUUUUGUGGCAUUGGCGUAGUAAUGGCUUUCUUCUGGCGACUCAACCAUGCAGCCCAUUUUUCUUCAAGUGCCUCCUUAUCGUGUAUCUUGAAACAUCCACACCACUUUUUUCAGAGAGUCUUGUAUUUCAGCUGAAGUCAUCUGUGGGUUUUUCUUUGCAUCUCGAACAAUUUUCCUGGCCGUUUUUUUUUUUGUUGGUCGACCUGAUCGUGGUUUGGUUUCAACAGAAUCUCUCAUUUUCCACUUCUUCAAUUCGAGAUUGAACACUGCUGAUUGGCAGUCUCAGUUCCUUGGAUAUCUUCUUAUAUCCCUUUCCUGUUUUAUACAGUUCAAUUACCUUUUCCCGCAGAUCUUUUGACAAUUCUUUUGCUUUCCCCAUGACUCGGAAUCCAGAGAUGUCAGUGCAAGUUUCUGUCAGACACACACUGAUUACAAGCAGACAGGUAACAGGUGUAGAUGGUUACAUUUAGUAGCCAUUCGAACCAAUUUGUGUCAACUUGUGUGCAUGUUAUCAGGCCAAUAUCUCAAUGCUAUGUCAACUUUUGAUCAAGGUCAUUGGUGUAGUUUCUGUUGUCAUUAUGAUUGAAAAAGAGUGAACACAGUGGUUUGAUAAUAAAUGGCUUCACCCAAGCACUAACCAUGAGUGAAAGAAAGGUUUUUGUGUUAUGAUUCAUAGUUCUGAAAAAUAGCCAAGAAAUCAUACAUUCUGCCAGGGUAUGUAAAAUUAUGAGCACAACUGUAUUUUAGAUAAUAGAUUGGCUUGAACUUUCCCACAAAAUCCUUUCACGUUUAUUGUUUUCCAUCUGUUCCAACCAUCUGAAUCUAUUGUUGGCACUUUACACGACUAACUGUAGCUUUAAAAAUAAAAUCCCAAAACAAAAUUUUAUCUGCUAAAUUGUUUUGGGUUUUUUUCAGCAUUAGGACUGCAAUUAACAAUUAUUUUAAGAAUCAAUUAUCUGUCCAUUAUGUUUUUGUUUAAUUGAUGAAUCGGAUACAAAAAAUAAUUCCUUUAUUUAAAAAAAGAGGACAUUACUGUAUUUCAAAUUGGUCGCGCAGAAAAUUCACAAAGAUUCAGUGACUUGUUUGGUCAGGAAAUAGGCAAAAAUUAGGAACAUUGUUUUCCAAAGUAAAAGCAGAUGCUUGUAAAUGUCUUAUUUUGAAUGAACACAAAGAUAAUCAGUCUGCUUUAAUGGAGGACUAAAGAAAUAUGAGAUAUUUACUAACUCGAGAGGCUGAAAAACGAUUGAUCGAUUAUCAAAAAAAGUUGUCGAUCAAUUUGAUAAUCAAUUAGUUGUCGAUUAAUCAAUAAUUUUUUGCACCUUUUAGUCAGCACAUUUUUUUCAUGUAAUAUAUUUUUUGGGUCAAAAAAUUGUUGACAUGGAUCAAUAAAAGAUGGGAGGCACUGUAGUAGACAGAAUGGCGAUGCUAAAUUGUGAAUGUUUUUUUUCCUAUAGCAGUGGUUCUCAGUGGUAUGUUGGCUCCCCCUACUGCUGGCGUCAUGGGUCUACUGGACUUCCUGUGCUGGAGAGCUGCCACACUGCUGCUUCUGUUUCCCAACGGGCAGGAGUGCCUAUCGGUGCACAUCUCCAACGAGGAACCCCUGUACAUCAUCCCGGGCUCCACCCUGGUCCUGCGCGCCCACAUCGAGUCCGGCUCCCCGGAGGAGGUGUCGGCCGUCACCUGGGCGCGGGAGCCCGAGAGCGGCGCCCCCGACGGGCGGGCCGCGCUGGCCGCUUGUCCCGGAGAAAGCCCCCGGCUGCUCGUCCAGUGCGCCGCCGCCCGAGCCAACGUGCGCGCCAGCGUGGAGCUCCAGGCCAGCGUCCUGCACGUCAGCGAGUACGCAAAAGCCGACGCGGGCGUUUACGCCGUCACCGUGACGGGGAAGGCGGGACAAUCCAGCACGGCGCGUUGCAUCGUCAGAAACUACGAGGCGGUGCACCACGUGUCGGUGAGCAUCAACGUGUCGCAUUCGUCGCUGGUGUGCGGCGAGGCUUGGGGCACGGAGCCUCAGUUCAGCUGGCUGCACGAGCGCGACGCCGUCACCGGCAGCGUGGGCCGAGUCUCCACAGACGGCGCCACCCUGGUGGUCACCAAGGUGCCCAUCUGCGGACACUUCACCUGCGUGGUCAGCAACAAGCUGGGCUACAGCUCCGCCACGUACACGGCCGCACCGUGUGAAACGGACAGCAUCAGCGGGUCGACGGUGGCGAUUGUUUGCCUGGUGGUCCUGCAGAUCUUAGGAGGAGGCCUGGCAUUUCUACUGUGGAGGAGGUACCGGAAAAGGAACCGAGGAGACAGGCUGCGUGAACAUAUGGACGACAACAUUUAAAAAGUGCCCAGAAGCGGGAAGAGGAAAUCUACAUAAUGAAUUUGAGGAACUCUUUGUAUGGUCAUCAGCAGGACUUUCACUUCCAAUUUCACAUGGUGUAGUAGACUACAGGUAUAGCUACACUGCCUCCUGCUGGGCUACAAUUGACACUGUGUGUUUAAUACUGUCACUUUCUCCUAAUCUUUGUCUGCUGGGUGAUUUAAAAGGUAUAGAUCUUCCAAAUAAACAUGCUCAACCAAUAUUUGUAAUUCUAGCAAUCACUAAAAAAAAACAAAAAAAACCCCAAUACUGUUAAACUGGAAAGAUAAACAAGCUAUCAACAUUAACCAAUGGCAAAAUCUUGUCAUAGAGUAUAUAACACUAGAAAAUAUCUCUGCCAAAUGUAAUAAGCAAAUGGAUAACUUUAAGAAAAGUUGGUCACCUUUCAUUCUCUGCCCUUGCCGGUCCUCCAGUUUUAAUGCAUCAUACACCCAUCUGUGGGGGGAGGGCAGUGUUGGGCUUGGGUGGACACUCGGCCAGGUGUCCUGGCAAUCCGGCUUGCUCUCUGGCCCGCCAUGCUUUCCCCCCGCGGAUUUUUAAUGCACCACAUACAUUCGCACAUCCUUUGGGGUGCUGGUUGGCCUGUGUGGGGGUGACGGUUGCGGGUCAUUAUUGCCCUGUGACCCUCUCGCCUCACCCCCACCAGUCUCCCCAAUUUCAUUACACUAUAUCCCACCACACACACGAUCAGAGUACAGGGAUAACGGUUGCCAGGAGGGGACCUGAUAACCAUAGUAAUAGGGUGGGUGGUGGGUUUUCACAUUUCUCUUGGCUUGCCAACGUGGGGCCAAUUGGAUUCAAGUCUGGACAUUUACUAGGCCAUUCCAAAACCUACGUUUUGUUUUUCCAAGCCAUUCAGAAGUUGACUUGUUGGUGUGUUUUGGAUCGUUAUCCUGCUGCAGAACCCAAGUGCACUUCAGCUUGAGGUCACAAACUGAUGGCUGAACAUUCUCCUUCAGGAUUUUCAGUUAAUGAGCAGAAUGCAUGGUUCCAUCAAUCACAAUAUGUUGUCCUGGUCCUGAAGGAGCGAAGAAGCCCAAGACCAUCACACUACCACCACUAUGUUUGACUGUUGGUAUGACAUUCUUUUUCUGAAAUGCUGUGCUACAUUCACGCCAGAUGUAACGACACACACGCCUUGCAAAAAGAUCAACUUUCAUCUGAUCAGUCCAUAUUAUAUAUUCUCCCAAAGGCCUUGGGAAUCAUUCAGUUAUUUUGUUUUGCAAAAGUAAGACAAGCCUAUGUUCUUUUUUGUCAGCAGUGGUUUUUGCCUUGGAAGUCUGCCAUGGAUGCCAUUUUUGCCCAGUCUCUCCCUUAUUCUUGUAUCAUGAACACUGAUGUUAACGGAGGCAAGGGAGGCCUGCAGUUCUUUAGAAGUUGUCCCGAGUUCCUUUGUGGUCUCCUGGAUGAGUCAUUGUACAUUGUUUAUAAUCUUUUGUAGGCCGGCCACCCCUGAGAAGGUUCACCACUGUUCCAUGUUUCCUCCAUGUGAGGAUAAUGACUCUCCCUUUGGUUCGCUAGGAUCUUAAAGCUUUAGAAAUGUCUUUUGUCACCCUUUCCAGACUGCCCAUCCAUCCAUUCUCAACACCGCUUAUCCUGUUCAGGGUCGCGGGUCGCUGGAGCCUAUCCCAGCUGACUUCGGGCGAAAGGCGGACUUACGCCCUGCACUGGUCGCCAGUCAGUUGCACGGCAUAUAUAGACACAGACUCGCACUCACAUUCACACAGUCACUGAAUGGGAACGGAACCCACGCUGCCCGCACCAAAAUCAGGCGAGUGUACCACUACACCAUCAGUGACCCUUUCUAGACUGAUUGAUGUCUAUUCAUUUCUCAACUGUUCUGGAAUUUAUUUGAUCGUGUCAUUUUGU